UAACUCUCUCAUCCUGUCAUGCAUAUCCCUUCCAGUCACUUGUAAAACAGUUUUUCUCUGACAUAUCAAUCUGGUCGUCUUUGUUGCUAUCAUUGGCUAUAGUCUGUGUGUUCUUGGUAACACAUGCACAAGCCCAUGGCUACGACUUGGUUACUGCUUCUGCGUUUCGGUCUCAUCGCCUUGUUUGCCUCUGCUGCUCAAGCUGCUGUCGUGGAGCACACUUUCAAUGCCAGCAAACUUGCUAAUUGCACUUUUGCCCGUUGUGUUUAUCGUUAGCUCGGGAACCUGUCGAUAAGCCAGCUGUGCAAGCCGGCGAGGAUCAUCACGGCGGUGAAUGGCCGGCUCCCCGGCCCGACGAUCGAGGCCCGGGAGGGCGACACGGUGGUUGUUCACCUCGUCAACGGCUCACCAUACAACAUGACCAUCCACUGGCACGGCAUAUUCCAGCGUGGCACGCCGUGGGCUGACGGGCCGGCGAUGGUCACGCAGUGCCCCAUCAAGCCGGGCGCCAACUACACGUACCGCUUCGACGUGACCGGCCAGGAGGGCACGCUGUGGUGGCACGCCCACAUCUCCUUCCUCCGCGCCACCGUCUACGGCGCGCUCGUUAUCCGCCCCCGCGGCGGCGCCAAGGCCUACCCCUUCCCCACGCCCCACAGGGAGGAGACCGUCAUCCUCGGCGAGUGGUGGAACGCCAACGUCUACGACCUCGAGCAGAUGGCGUUCUUGACCGGCAUCCCGGCGCCGCACGCGGACGCCUACACCAUCAACGGCAAGCCGGGAGACUUCUACAACUGCUCCCACGCUAACCAGACGCACAAGUUUCAGGUGCAGAGCAACGAGACGUACUUGCUCCGGAUCAUCAACGCGGCGCUGAACACGCCCUUGUUCUUCAAGGUGGCGAACCACAGCUUCACCGUAGUCGGCGCAGACGCGGCCUACACCACUCCGUACGAGACCGACGUGGUGGUGAUCGCGCCCGGGCAGACCGUGGACGCGCUCAUGGUCGCGGGCGCCGCCGUCGGGAGAUACUACAUGGCGGCGUCACCUUACGAUAGCGCCAUCCCACAGGGCCCGGAAUUCAGCAAGACCAUUGGAACGGCCCUCGUGGAGUACAUUGGCUCCACCGGGGAGGAGACGCCGCAGCUGCCGUGGCUGCCGGAGUACACCGACACCGACACUGCGUUCCGGUUCCUCUCCAACCUGACGGCGCUGGUGCUCCCUGGCAAACCGACCGUGCCGCUCUCCGUGGACACUCGCAUGUUCGUCACCGUCGGGCUCGGCGUCUCCGACUGCCAGCCGAGGCAGCUGUUCUGCAAUCGGAGCGGCACCGUCUUCUCGUCUAGCAUGAACAACGCCUCCUUCGUUCUCCCCACUGCCGUCUCCAUGCUCCAGGCCCACUACAAUAACGCUUCGGCCGGCGUCUACACCCGCGACUUCCCCGACCGGCCGCCGGUCAUCUUCGACUACACCGCCGACGCGAGCAACAACGCCACGAUGCAGUUCACGAACAAGUCGACCAAGGUCAAGACGCUGAGGUACAACGAAACGGUGGAGAUGGUGCUGCAGAACACACGGCUGAUCGCCAAGGAGAGUCAUCCCAUGCACCUCCACGGCUUCAACUUCUUCGUACUCGCACAAGGCUUCGGCAACUAUGAUGCGAAGACGGCAGCGCCACAGUUCAAUCUCAUCAACCCGCAGGAGCGCAACACCGUCGCCGUCCCCACCGGCGGCUGGGCCGUCAUCCGCUUCGUGGCAAACAACCCUGGGAUGUGGUUCAUGCACUGUCAUUUCGACGCCCAUCUUGAUUUGGGGUUGGCAAUGGUGUUCGAGGUUCAGGACGGGCCGACGGCAGAAACAUCGGUGCCUCCACCUCCUGCAGACCUUCCACUGUGCUAGACAUCAUUGUGAAUUGUAAUUGUUUGAAUUUGUGAACUGUAAUUGCUAGACAUCAUUUGACUUAUUUGUCAGCUCAUAAGAUUGUGAUAGUUGCAUAGAGCAGAUGGAUAUCAUUUUUAUUUGUAUGUCAAGUCAUAGUUAUCAUUGUUUGGAUUUGGUGCAUAAAUAAAUGGAUAUAUCAACAGAUU